AUGAAGCACAUGAUCAAUCUAUCUGAAAAUAUCAGUGAUACAGCAAGAAAUAAUUCAGACUGUCCUUAUAUGCCUAUGCCAAAAGAGGUAUUUUUCAUAAUCUCCAUCUUUGGAGUUUUGGAGAAUCUGCUUGUCCUUCUGGCUGUUAUCAGGAACAAAAAUCUUCAGGUACCCAUGUACUUUUUCAUUUGUAGCCUGGCCAUUUCAGAUAUGCUGGGAAGCCUGUCUAGGUUCUUGGAAAAUAUCCUGAUGAUGUUCAAGGACUUGGGUUAUUUCAAGUUUUAUGGAAAUUUUGAAACCACAGCAGAUGACAUCAUGGACUCCUUGUUCAUCCUCUCCUUACUUGGGUCCAUCUUCAGCCUGUCUGUGAUUGCUACUGAUCGUUACAUCACAAUCUUCCAUGCUUUGCAGUACAACAGCAUUGUGACCAUGAGACGUGCCAUUGUCACCCUGACAAUCAUCUGGACAUGCUGCACAGGCAGCAGCAUCAUGAUGGUUAUUUUUUCCCACGAUGUUCCCACAGUGAUCACCUUCACAUCAUUGUUCCCUCUCAUGUUGGUCUUCAUCCUGUGCCUGUAUGUUCACAUGUUUCUGCUGGCCCGAUCCCAUGCCCAGAAGAGCUCCAUCUCCUCCCUUUCCAGAACUAACAUGAAAGGGGCUAUCACAUUGACUAUACUGCUUGGAGUCUUCAUCUUCUGUUGGGCCCCCUUUGUCCUUCAUGUCCUUCUAAUGACAUUCUGCCCACAUAACCCUUACUGUGCCUGCUAUAUGUCCCUCUUUGAGGUGAAUGGCAUGUUGAUUAUGUGUAAUGCAGUCAUUGACCCCUUUAUCUAUGCCUUUCGUAGUCCAGAGCUCAGGGAUGCAUUAAAAAAGAUCAUUUUCUGCAAUAGGUACCAGUAG